CGACCGUACGUUCAGCAGGCAACUGGCCAGUGACACGUCAAUCAAAUCCCGUUCUCUCCGCCGAUUGGCUCGCCCGUCCUCCCGAGGGUGCCGCACGCCGGCCAUUCCGAACGAUUUCCUCGUCGUGAUUGAUGCCGCUGCCCGUUUUUGCGCCGCUUCUCACCCCCCCCCCCCACACCUUUUCGUUGAGUCGUCAUGUUUGUUUCCGCGGAUUUCAAACCAAAAAAUAUUUAAACGUUAAUACAUUAAUCGCGACUUUAUUUAUGACAGAGCGCGGCUGUCAGCGCCCGGACGGAGAUGGCACAGCGUUGGACGCCAUCCGCCUGUGUGUUCUCCGCGGCGGUCUGUUAAGAUUUUAAUUAGCCGAUAACACCACCACGGAGUUGAUAUUUAGACGGUCGUGUCUUCGGCAAGACUCUCACCGCACUGCCGCGACAUGGAACAACACGUCUGAUAUUUAAAGAUUACCUUUGAAAAGGAGACAACUGCACGGCGCUCUUUACAUGUCGACUUGUUUGUCAUUUCCCCUGAUUCAAGUCAUGGCCAGAAAAGAGAGAUCGAUCCCUUUUGGAGACACGAGCCCCUCGCCAGUGUUUGCUGGACUUUCUUCUCUCAGCAUGAGGAUUGGAGACCUUUGAUCCUAUUGGCUCCUCCGCCAACCAGGUGACUGUGGGCUGAUCUCUCCCCCCCCCCCUUUCCAUCCUGAGGAGCGUCCCCCCCUUGCGCUGCUUCCCACUCCGCCAUAAUAAUCAUGUCUCUACUCGGCGGCAGCCCAGAGCGAGAAUGCUCCAGCGUGGCCCCCACACACCUGGACUGCCCCUCUUCCCCUCCCGCUUUGGACCCAGACCCCCUGUCGACGGGGAGCCCCGUCCUCAGCCCGGAUUCUUCUUCCCACGACGCAGCGCUGUCGGCGCCUGCGGUUUCCCCGGCAGACUCCGAGAACCUCAGUCCAGAUGAACUGGAGCUGCUGGCUAAGCUGGAGGAACAGAAUAGGUUGCUGGAGGCCGACUCCAAGUCCAUGCGCUCCAUGACGGGCUCGCGGCGCAACAGCGGCUCCUCGCUGGUGUCGAGCUCCUCGGCCUCCUCCAACCUGUCCCACCUGGAGGAGGACACCUGGAUCCUCUGGGGCCGCAUCGUCAACGAGUGGGAGGAGUGGCGACGCAAGAAGGACAAGCUCCUCAAGGAACUGAUCCGGAAGGGCAUUCCUCAUCACUUCCGGGCCAUCGUGUGGCAGCUGCUGGGCAACGCCACGGACAUGCCGGUGAAGAACCAGUACUCGGAGCUGCUCAAGAUGUCGUCCCCGUGCGAGAAGCUGAUCCGCAGAGACAUCGCCCGCACUUACCCCGAGCACGAGUUCUUCAAAGGUCAGGACAGCCUGGGCCAGGAGGUCCUCUUCAAUGUCAUGAAGGCGUACUCCCUCGUGGAUCGAGAGGUGGGCUACUGCCAAGGCAGUGCCUUCAUUGUCGGCCUGUUGCUCAUGCAGAUGCCCGAAGAAGAGGCGUUUUGCGUCUUUGUACGUCUGAUGCAGGAAUAUCGUCUGCGAGAGCUCUUCAAGCCCAGCAUGGCCGAACUGGGACUUUGCAUUUACCAGUUUGAAUAUCUGCUUCAGGAGCAACUUCCAGAGCUCAACGUCCAUUUCCGGUCCCAGAGUUUCCACACGUCCAUGUACGCCUCAUCGUGGUUCCUCACCCUCUUCCUCACGUUCCUCCCUUUGCCCGUUGCCACGCGCAUCUUUGACAUUUUUAUGUAUGAGGGCCUCGAGAUCAUCUUCCGUGUGGGCAUGGCCAUUCUGCAGUACAACCAGACGGACCUCAUUCAGCUGGACAUGGAGGGCAUGUCGCAGCAUUUCCAGAAGGUGAUCCCCCACCAGUUCGACAGCUGCCCGGACAAGCUGAUCCUCAGGGCCUAUCAGAUCAAAUACAACCCCAAGAGAAUGAAGAAGCUGGAGAAAGAAUAUACCACCAUCAAGAACAAAGAAAUGGAGGAGCAAAUUGAGAUCAAGAGGCUGCGCACAGAAAAUCGGUUGCUGAAGCAGAGGAUUGAAACGCUGGAGAAGGGUCAGGUGACGAGGGCGCAGGAAGCGGAGGAGAACUACGUGAUCAAGCGCGAGCUGGCGGUGGUGAGGCAGCAGUGCACCUCCGCCAGCGAGAACCUGGAGAAGGCGCAGGACACCAUCCGAGAGCUGCAGCAACAUAAGUACACGGAGCAGUUUGUGAGCGGUCUGCAGACAGAGUUGGAGCAGUCCAAACUGCGAGAGGCCGAGCUGCUGGGGGCCAUGAAGGAAAUGCAGGACAAGGUGCUCGAUCUGGAGAAGAGGAGCAGCUGUUUGCCCGAUGAAAACAACAUUGCGGCUCUGCAGGAGGAGGUGAAGCAGAUGAAGCUGAGAGAACUGGAGAUGCUGCGCUCGUUCCGAGAGAUGCAAGAUUCCGUCACCGAGCUCAACCAGCGCUGGCAGCAUCACAUGUCCCGCAGCGGCAGCACGGGCGGCGGCGGUGGCGGCAGCCACUGGAAGGAAUCACCAAAGAAGAACGCCAUGAACGAGUUGCAAGACAAGCUGAUGAGCGUCCGCCUGAGGGAGGCGCAGGCCCAGGCCGAGCUUCGAGAGGUUAAACUCAAGGCCGUGCAGCUGGAGAGCCAGAACACAAUCCACAGCAAACUGAUUGGUCGCCACGAGCAGGAGCGCUCCGCCCUCCAGGAUCGUCUCCAGAUGUCGUCAAACCAGAACAAAGGUCUCCAGGCCCAGCUCAACGAGAUGAAACGGAAGCAGGCCGAGUGGGACUGCAAGAGUAAAGAGGAGGUGAUGGCCGUGCGACUGCGGGAAGCCGACAGCAUGGCCGCCAUGGCCGAGCUCAGGCAGAAGAUCGCGGAGCUGGAAAUUCAGAAAGAGGAAGGGCUGAUCCAGGGCCAGCUGAACCACUCCGACUCCAGGCAGUACAUCAACCGGCUCCGGGACCAGAUCACUGAGCUCAAAAAUGAGAUCAGGCUAUUGCGAGGUCAGAAGGCCGGACCCCCGGGCUCCGGGCUCGGCACCGUGGGCGCCAACUACCAGGAUCUUUGCCUGGCCAGCCCGGCUUCGGCCGAGGGCGACUACCUGAGCUCUGACGAGGACCUGCUCCACAGCCCGCUGCCCCCUAACGCCCUUUACCCGGCCAUAGCCGGCACGUGUCACCCGCCCGACCGCCUGGACAGCGAAGGCAGCACGGACAGCGAGGCGGAGGAGCGGACGCACCCGGACCCCCCGAAGCUGUACGGUAGUAUGGUCUGCGCCGAGGCCAUGGAGAACUGAGAUGCGCUGAUAAUGUUGCUACGGCGACGCUGAUGGACCGUAUCUCCCCAGAAUGAAUGCAUCCUUCACAUUUAUGAAAAUAUUUGAUUAAGAUCUUUUCACGGGGCAACACUGAAGAAAUGACACUUAUCGAGAAAGUAAAGGGUUGUAUAAUAGUUUCAAUUUUGCUGUUUCCUCAAAAUAAUUCAGCGCACAGUCAUUAAUGUCUAAACCGUAGCCGAGAGGGGAAAAAAAAAAAAAACGGGAGUGCACCCCCUUGUAAAAAUGUCCAAAUUGUCUGCAAUGUUUCAAUAUUAUGUAUGGUCACCAUUUUUUUUGCCUUAACCCUCGUGGGCUUUGAGGAAGCCAGUUGCCGGCUUUAGGGGUACAUUGUGGGGGCUUGAGGAGUCACCCAAUGUUGGAAUUUGGGAGGUACAGUUAAAAAAAAAAAAAGAGGGUUUGACCUAUUUAAUGGCAACCACAGUUAAAGUUUACUGUCAAAGCAAACAUAAAACAAGCAGAAUUACACGAUGCGUAAACAAGCAAAGGUUGCUUCAGAAUUGACCUGCCUUCUUACUGUUAUGAUCAACUGGAAAGUCCCAUUCACGCGUUAAUGCUAACGUUAGCAUUAAUAGAAGCAAAGGAUGAUCACAAAUGGUUGCGCAACACACGUAGAGACGUCACUCUAGUCACAGGAAUGUCAUAGAAAAAUGUUUGCGUCUGCCUCCUGGUGGCCUACCAGAGGGAGCAGCACAAUGACAUGAAUAGCGCCAUUAAAUCGGGAGGUACAAACAGUUUCAUUUUUUACAUUCUAUUUGAUAUCACUUGUGUUUUUUUUUUUUUUUUUUAUAAGGUACCAUUUAUAGAGUGCUAUGUUUCCUUAUUGUAAAAGAGAUGCUCUUUAGGGUCGGGGGGGGGGGGUGUUCGCUGCAACUGAUUAAUGGGCAAACACAAUUUGAAUUACAAGCAUGGUCACGGAACGAAUUAGUCAUAUCUCAAGGCACCGAAGCACUCAUUUUGUUGCAGUAGUUCAGGCUCGGGGUUGCUUUGAGGGAACAACAAAUUUACAUUUAUACAAUCUGUUCACAUGAUAGCAAAGUGUCUUGUUUUUUUUUUUUAGUGUUGGCCCAUAAAAAAUCGUAAAAUAUUGACAAAUGUGUGAGGAGGUGUGCUCACUUUUGCGAGAUACUUUACGUCCGCGAAGCCCCGCACCUGCAAAACGGUUCCUUUUACUCCAGUACAUAUCCAAGCCCGACGCGCUAAACAAGACGUACGUGGACCUGCGAGCCCGCCGCUCCGAAAUCCGUGGACGAUGUACAGGUGAGCGGACAGAACUCUCCUUUCCCCGACCGAGUUAGAACACCGGAUCGUAUCUCAUCUCCCGGUCGAGUGCGGAGCCGCACGGCGGUCGUCGUCACAACGGGUGCCCGAGCGGCGACACAGGAUCGCGCUCGCCUCGUGUCGCCCAACGGCGCCCGUCCACCCGUCUUCACCAUUUCAACACGCCCGGGACGUUCAAAGUGCAAAUGUAUUGAAAGUGGGGAGGGGGUGGGGAUUCCAACAUUGCCAAAUCAUUUUUCUUUUUUGUAUUUUAAAGUAAUAUGUAUGUUAUAUAAUUUAUUUUGCUAUGAUUUUUACUAUCAAGUGUCAAACCAUGGGAGUAUGUUUGAGGUCCUAUCAGAGCGCCCCCACCCCCCCACGCCCCCUUUAUGUGCCAACCGAGAACAGUCAGUCGCCAUGUGCUGCUAUCCUCUUUGCGUUCUGUGCACCAGGAUGAACCCGCUCAAAAAAUGAAAUCGGCAUUGUUCGUUGGUGGCGUGUGUGUUUCGUGCUGAAGGAGAAUUUGAUUUUUGUUGUUGUUGUUUGUGUUCCGUUCUUCCACUAAAUUCAUAAAUCGCGACAGAAUAAGACACCAUGCGAGGAGGUUGAGUUCCCGCGGAGGCAAUGCGACCUGAAUUUGUACGUGAGGCAGAAUACGCUUCAGGUUUGUCACUAAUCUGUGCUAAUACUAUAAUUCAUAAUUAUGUAAAGUAUCGCUAGGCCAUAAAUAGGGGCCCCACGGUUAGAGCACUGGUUUGGUCAACCAGGGGUCGUGAGUUCGUUUCUCACUGGGGCCCCCCGCUCCCCAAGAGGGGUCGCGUCAGGAAGGGCAUCCGCCGUAAAGACUUUGCCAAACAAAUAUGAGCGUUCAUCUGAGAUGACACGCUGUGCCGACCCCGAACUGGACAAGCCGAAAGAAAAUUCGCUAGGCCAUAAAUAUAAAAAAAAAAAAAAUAAGUAGGCAAAAUUGGGGCUUUUCUGCUCCCAGGCUCCCCCUAAAUCUAAGUGUUAUGUGUGUGCAAUAUGCAACACCUUUGACCUUGCUAAGUCCAUCCAUCCAUUUUCUUCGCCGCUUAUCCUCACGAGGGUCACGGGGAUUGCUGGAGCCUAUCCCAGCUGUCAACUGGCAGGCAGCGGGGUACACCCUGAACUGGUCGCCAGCCAAUCGCAGGGCACAUGGAGACAAACAGCCACACUCAGAAUCACACCUACGGGCAAUUUAGAGUGUCCAAUUAAUGUUGGAUGUUUUUGGGAUGUGGGAGGAAACCCACGUAGGCACGGGCAGAACACGCAAACUCCACACAGGGAGGGCCGGGAUCGAACCCAGGACCUCGGAAGUGUGAGGCCACUGUGUCUCCCUACCUCGGUAAGUAUACAUCAUUUUGAAAUUGUUUAAUGCAGUACUUUUACCUACAAGUAUUAACAUUAGCACUGACGCUAGCGCAACACGAGAGAUUUGGGUCGGCGCACAAAGUCGGUCAAUAUAUUUCCCAAAAUGUCAAAUGAACCUUUUUAGCUUUUGUCUCAUACAAGCGCUGACUUCCGCAUUUUAGAGCAAAGUGUGACUUUUGCGUUUGCUACAACGGGCGGAAAUGGACGCCAGCAUGAGCCUGUUUUACAUAUCAAAUCCUGAUCAUAUUCAGAUUAGAAAUUAAACGUAUGCGCGGCGUAAUAGUGCAUCAGGUCAAGACUGACGAGAUACAGGGUAUCAGGUUCUGUUUUUUGCACUACACACAGAAAGAUCUGAUUUGGAUUCUUCGGUUGGCUGUUUUCUUUCAUACGUGACGGCCGGCCGGUCCGAAAUGAAAUUGGAUCUUCCCGUAAAGAGGAUGUCGUACUGACGAGCGUCCUGUUGCAACUAACAGCCCUUUCGCGGUCCGUGUCACAAGGCCCAUCUCGCCGCUGGAAUCAGUGUUGGCGAUGUCGUAAAACUUCCUUCUGUUACUCAAGCUUGAACCAGACCGUGGGGGACUGAGAUUUUGCCCUUUUUGUACUGUUGGCUACGUGGAAUCUGCGAUUGGCGGGUCCGCGCCCCGUCUUUCGACCGUUCGGGUUUCGAAAAUCGUCUCUCAGCUGCCCGAGUGGAGUUUUGCGUGGUCUCCCUUCAGUUCUCUUGCGCACAAUCGAAUCUCAAAACGUACGUUUCGUUCGACGCGGGUCGAGCUUUUAUUCGUCACAAUCCGGAGUGGGAACAUCAACGUGAAAGCUGUCGACCGUCUCGGCAGAUUUGCGUCAAUUUUACUCGUGCUGCGUUCGAGAAAAGUGGGUGGGGGGGAUUUCAAAUGUCGGAAAGGCGCAUCGGAAUGAUGAAACCGCUUGUUGUCUGAAUAAAUGCCAAACAACGUGCUCAUUCAUAAUUAUUUAAACGGCGAUGGCUUGCGGCUAAUGGAAGCCUGCGUUUUAUUUUAUGGCUCUAUCCACGAGGGACUUUUUUAAUUUUAUUUAUUUUUUUCUUAUUGAACCAUCUGCACAACUUCACAUUUCACCGUUCAAUUACGGACUUCUGGAUUAUGAAAAAGUGACGGUGCUCCGAUGUGACGACAACUACUGUGACAAACUUUUUUUUUUUUUUAAAUCUACUGAAUACUGGUGAUACUUGCUUUAUUAAUGCUUCAUUUUCGAGCACACGCCCUCCAUGAGCAUCAUUCACGUGCCAUAGACGUACAGAACGUUCUCCCUCCACGCUCCUUGACGUGUUUGAACACCUUAUGUAGCGAGACCUUUGCUGAUUAAGGCAACUUGACGCGAUGUGGUGUGCGACAUUCUUAUCAUCCGCCCCCCCCUCGCAUUUCAACUGAUGUACUUGUCGCAAAACUAAAGCUUCUAUAAAGUCUAGUACAAUGAAAGACAUUUCAGUGUUCUGUAUCCCGUGUACGAUACUAAAUAAAACUUUGACCUUUGCGACCUUUGUCUCUUAUUUCUGUCGUCGGGCCACCCAGGAGACCCGCCGGCGCAUCUUCACAAAGUUUGAACAAUGUGGGGGGAAAACUUGAUAGCCACAAUUAAAAAUG